CCUGCAGAUGCUCCUCGAGGAGGAGGAGGAGAACCAGCGCGUGCACUUGGCACGGCGGGAGCAGGCCCUGGCUGACGUGGCGUGGAUGAAGCAGGUCAUCGAGGAGCAGCUGCAGCUGGAAAGGGAGCGGGAGGCAGAGCUGCAGGUGCUGUUGAGGGAGGAAGCCAAGGAAAUGUGGGAGAAGAGAGAGGCAGAGUGGGCCCGAGAGAGGAGCGCACGCGACAGACUGAUGAGCGAGGUCCUGACAGGGAGACAGCAACAAAUACAAGAAAAGAUUGAACAAAACCGGCGGGCACAAGAGGAAUCCCUAAGACACAGGGAGCAACUUAUUCAAAACCUUGAGGAGGCAAGAGAGUCAGCUCGUCGUGAGAAAGAGGAGAGUGAAGAAUUGAAAUCAGCCCGGAAACAGGAGCUGGAAGCCCAGGUUGCAGAGCGCCAGCGGCAAGCGUGGGAAGCAGAUCAGCAGGAGGAGGAGGAAGAGGAGGAGGCGAGGCAGGCAGAGCAGCUCACAAACGCCCUGCUGCAGCAGGAGGCCAAGAUGAUGGCUGAGCGGGGCUACCGGCCCAAGCCUUACGGACAUCCCAAAAUUGCUUGGAACUGACUUCGUUGGGACUAUAAGCACAGCGAACAAGGAUGCUGAGGCCUUGGAUAGGCAGCCGCCAGACAGUUUUACAGCGUUCUGUUUGAGUGUUCAGGUCACUGUGAAACAAUAGUUCAGCGAGCCCGUUCAGGUCUGUGUUCAAAUGGAUCAAGGGUCUGGCCAGACUUGAAGGUGGUGUAGAUCCACAACAUCCAGUAGGAGGCCCUUUCCUGCCUUUGUUAUCCGAGAAAAGGGGGGCUUUCAUAGUCACACGUUGACAAUGCUGUUCACAGUCUUGUAACAUAUUUAUAAAUAAUGUAAGAUUCUAAAUCAGUGCUCAAGUUCCAAGCUGUUUUCCACGACAGGAUUCAUGAUCUCCUGUUGUCUUACCCUUCAUUGUCAACCUCCAGUGACGCCUCCAGCUCGAGCUCGAGAUACGUGAGGGAGGUUUUUUGAUUUUUAAAAUUGCCAUUUAAAUUGAACUCUUCUGUGAAAGACAGACUUGUAGGUCUUGGUGGACGUUUAUUUCAGGGCUUAUUAAUUUAGUGGUCCCAAAAGGAUGACAUCGUGUUCUCUGAAGAAAAGAACUAUGAACCCUGAGGCAGUCUGAUGUGGUCCAUGGAUGCUUUCCAGAAAGAUGGUGAAAAGUGAGUCUUUCCUCCUUUAGGAAGCAUUUUGGUAGAAUUUCCAUAGAGCAUUGUGUGUGGGAGAAGUGAUCCCAACACGUACGUUACUGAGCCUCAAAGGGGACCCAAAAGGUCACUUGGAUGGCUACUCUUUUGGCAUGACACUGGGCUUCUAGGGUCUUAGGAAAGUCCCAGCUAUCAGCAUUCUGGAAUUUAUGUGCCCAGAAGAAUGGGCACUGAACCUGAAGAAACUAGGUCAGACUCAACCACAGAUCAGCCAGAAAUUUCUCUUUGCACUGUUACAUCAAGGUGACAUGGUUCUAGACUAAUCCCUACAGAAAGCUGCAAGUUCCUUGCAGCAGUAAUCCUAUUCUUAUAACUUGUCUUUUUUUUCAUAUUCUUCCUCUGAGGUUUCAGUUUUUUAUUACAUUGUGUUCAGGAUUCCAUAGCUCAGUAAAUUACAGCUAAUUACUGUUCCAAGUUAUUAAAAAGCAGAGUUUAAUAAAAAAAAUCCUGAGUCUGAGGGCUGUGUUGCCUUUCACUUCCAUUGUGCUAUAAAAACAAAUUGAGCUGCAAACUGCAUCCUUCAUCGGUUUUUCAUUUUCUUGUCUUGAAUUUCUGUGGCUGCCAUCCCCUGAGCACCACCACUUUUAUUAUGCAUGCUUGUAUUUACUUCCCCCGUUUCAGAGGUUCAUUAAUUGUGAAAUAAAGUUCUGGUUUGAUGGCA